AUGAAAGGGCUCGAUACGGAUUGGUAUUCGGACCAAUACGAGGUGGAAACGGUGCUAACGGAGAUCCUUAUGCGCACUAACGCGAUUCGCACGACGGAUCCCGAAAAGGCGACGCUGUUUUACGUGCCGUACUACGCGUCGAACCACAUCGCGCACGUGAACAGGCUGAUGAAGAACAUGAUGCAGACGGCCGUCGCGGAGGUCUCUAAGACCUGGCAGGAGAUUCUCACCAUGAUUCGCCGCGACUUUCCCUACUUCAACCGCACCAACGGCCGAGAUCAUUUCAGCACGAGCACGUUCGAUCAGGGCCGUUGCCACGCGCUGACGUGGGUCAUCCCGGACUUGUACGGCGAGAUGUUCUUCGUGAUGCUCAACGGGGACCGCCUCGCGCGCACCAUUCACGCGUCGGUUGAGCGCAACUUGCAGAUAGUAGGGUACAACUACAUCAGCGCGCCUCUGCAGCCUUUUGACUCUGAGACGUCUCAAAACCCCCAGCUGCCCAUGGUGUCGCCCUUCACUGGCAAUCGCCCCAUGCGAGCCAUAUUCCGCUUCUCAGCAAAGGAGGGCCACAACGCGCCCCUCAUGCACCACGGCCACGACUUACGCCCCGAGCUGCUCAGUAUGUACCAGAAGCAGCGCAUCAAGGGGUGGAGCUUUGCAGCCAAGCUGGAGAACCAGACGAACAAGGACUGGCAAAAGAGUGUUUUCUGCAUCUGCCCGCCCGGCCACUCCCAGUGGACCAGCCGCCCCUUCAAGGCAUUGAUAUCCGGGUGCAUCCCAGUGACGUUUUUCCGAGAGCACGGCAAUCCGUGGGACGAUGAGGUGGACUACUCCUCCUUCUCCAUCAACAUCGAUCCGGACGACAUUGCUUCGCUGCGCUCCCGCCUCGAGAGCGCUCCCGUGGAGCAGCUGCAGCGCGGCGUGGAGAAGGUGCAGCACAUGUUCAAGUGGUCGCGGACACACACACAAGGGGCAGCGUAUGAGCUAUUAAAGAGGCUAAGGCAGCGUGGGGAGCAAAUCUCCUCCACUGAUCUCUCCCUAUAA